CCAAAAGAUUUAAUGAUUUGACGUGUACAACUAGAGACCAUCUCUGGUACAACUCUAUAUACUGAAUUAGUAUAGUUAUAACUAUACUGUCUUGCUACAAGAUCGUGGUCAAGAUGAGUCUGGAUAGGAAUGCAGAAAAUCUUGUAAUCAAAAUUAACAAAUGGGAUGGAUCUGCAGUAAAGAAUGCAUUAGAUGAUUCAGUUAAGGAUGUACUUAUAAAAAAAUACAAUUACAUAGAGAAUUUUGCUUUAUUUGAUGGAAGAUUAGCUCUAUGUGGAAUUGCUAUAAUAGUUGCAGGUGUUGGCCUCCUCUAUGAUUAUUUAUAUCCUUUCCCUGCAUCGAAGUCUGUGUUAAUUGUUUGUGUUUCGUUAUAUUUCCUUUUAAUGGCACUUUUGACUUUGUACACGGCAUACAAAGAAAAGGGUAUAUUUGUUGUAGCCAUUGAAAGAGAUCCAGCAGGUUUUAAUCCAGAUCUGGUUUGGGAAGCAAGCUCAUAUUUAAAGAGACAUGAUGACAAAUAUAAUCUUGUACUAUCCGUCAGAAAUACAGCCACAGGAAACGUGAAUGAAACUAGUGUUACAAAAUCUAUUGCAAAUUUUAUUGAUACCAAUGGUACUGUUAUACCAGAAUUAAUAGAAAACGUGGUAAUAAGUAUGCAUGAUAGCUUAACUAAUCAACGUAAAGAAAAGUAACAGGAGGAGAGGGACGCGAUAUCGAUAGCGAAAGAGAUCUUCUCGCGAGAUUUUUAGGCGAAUUCGCGAACAAAGAGAGAGAAGAGAAAGCACCAGAGAGAAAGAGACA